CAUCGUCGUCCUUCUAUGCAUCAAUGAUGCAUGAGCUGUGACAGUCACAGGAUCAUGCACUUUGUUAAGGGUUGACGACAUGGUGUAUAACUUCCAAGAGUCUUCCGUGAUGUCUACCCGGCAGAUCCACAUUCCUGGUGAAAGGCAGCUGUAGCAAACACCAUGGGAGCGUUUUGUAAUCAAGUGACUGGCAUGCUUCGUCAGACAACGGUAGAACCCAUUCUCUUCCUGUACAUGUUUGCUACCUUCCUGGAGUUUCCUGUAUCACAGGACCUGAUCUACACAAGGGUAUGUCUGGAAAAGUUCUCCAAUUCAACCUACAUAUGUGACAAUCUCGGCAACAAUACACUGAAAGAGGAGGGAGAUGUGGUUCAGAAGGAGGCGUCUAGCUGGAUAAUGUACAACAAUGUAGCAUACACAGUCCCUGCUGUAAUCUCUGUUACCCUGUUUCUGGGUCCCUGGGGGGACCGUUUGGGACGGAAGAUCCCGAUGAUGCUUACAAUCAUUGGGAACAUGCUGUUGACUGUGUGUAACCUGAUAGUGUCAUCACACACCGACAUUUCUAUCAAGUAUAUCCUCAUUGGUAAAGUAAUCAAUGGUAUGACUGGGGGAUUUAUAGGGUUGAUGAUGUCAGUGUACAGUUACAUAGGCCACAUCUCUAGUUCUAAGAACAGGACGAGUCGGGUAGGUGUUGCAGAGGCCAUGAUAUUUCUGUCAGGGACAGUGGGAGUGUUAGUAUCUGGAAUAAUCAUAGACAAGACAAGCUUUAACUUUGUCUUCUCUUUCAUAUGUGUGAUACAAUUUCUGGCAUUAUUGUACACUGUCUUUGUGCUGGAGAAUCUCAGGCCAUCACUGGAGCAGACAUACACAUCAAUCUGGUCAUACACUAGACUUUUUUGUAAGGAUUCUUGGAUUUUUGUUUCUAAGCGACGACCACCCAAUGUUGUUGUUUACCUGUUUCUGGAGGUCUUUGUCCUAGUGAUCCUCAUGAUCUGUACAUCAGGAGAAAAUGAUAUUCUUCUUCUGUAUACAAAACUGCCACAGUUUAAUUGGUCACAGAUGAGGUAUGGGUUUUUCAAAGCUGGGGAAAACUUUGGUCGUGGCCUGGCAGUGCUAACUCUGCUACCUGUGCUGCGAUACAAGUUCAACACCCGAGACUCAAUCUUAAUUCUCUUUGGCUUAGUUUCCAAGGCAACUGGAUUACUACUUCUUGGGCUGGCAACACAGACCUGGCAACUGUAUCUAGUUCCUGUCAUCAGUGUGCUUCAGGGUUUCCCAUCAGCUGGCCUCCGAUCCUCAAUGUCAGGACUGGUGGACACUACUGAACAAGGUCAUUGCACUGCUGUCUCGAUCCAAAAGACCCCAGAGCCAACUAUACAACAUUCCAGGAACAAGAUGAACCAGACAACACGGAACAAACAGAGCAGAUACAAAAUACAUCACAGGGAAUGCUGCAUUAAUUAUCAUCUCACCAUGUGUCGUCUCCGCCAGUAUUUUCAGCUCACCUGGGACGAAAUUCCUUCCGAGAUCAUGGUAUGGUGUAUUGUUCGUCUGUCAGCUUUCUAAAUGAAUGACUUUUUGUAGAACUGGAAAUCCUAGGGUCAUAUUUGGUCAUUAGGUACCUGGAUGGGGUGCUAUGAUGUUUCCUGAAAUAAAUGACCUUGAUCUACUUUUAAUGCCACAUGGCUCCAAUAUGUUAAAACAUUUCAACGUCUGUCAGCUUUCUAAAUGAAUGACUUUUUCUAAAGAACUGGAAAUCCUAGGAUCAUAUUUGGUCAUUAGGUACCUGGAUGGGGUGCUAUGAUGUUUCCUGAAAUA